AUGAAUUUACUUACAGGUCCAAACUGUCCAUACGAAAAGUUGAAUGCCAUUCGCGAUCAGCAGGAGGAUUUGAUGAGGUUACAUUUCGAGCAAGACAAGAAAAUGCAAGCUCUAAUUGAAUCUGGUUCACGCCGUGGCAGAAAGCCUGUACAAUCACUGAUCUCUGAAGAAGGCUGGAAGACCACCAAGAGCAAUGUGGAUGCUUUAAUCACUAAAUUGGAGGCACUCAGCAGUGACAUACACAACCUACAUAAACCUGGUCACCCGUCUUGAAUGUAACUUACGGGCUCCGAGAUCGUUUGGCCGACACAGACGACCAAUAUGACGUAUCCACAGCUCCCAACCGAUCAACAGCCUUUCCAUCUCAAUCCUGGCUCGCCUUGUUGUUCAGUCAGCCUGUAUCUGUGAUGAUUCCGGAGUUCCUUCUGGAGACUAUUCUUGUCUAUCAUGUUCGGGGGAUUGUUAUUCAUACUCGUUU